UUUUCUUUUCUUUUCCUUAUAUAUACACACAAAAUAUGUCUCGUGCACCUGUAACUGUACCUUGUAAAUAUAAAACUGGUAGAGUGCUUGGUAAUGGCACUUAUGCUACUGUUAAAGAGGCCAUGCAUAUUGAAACCGGCAAAUAUUAUGCAGUCAAAAUUAUCAAUAAAAAGUUAAUGGAAGGUCGUGAACAUAUGAUUCGAAAUGAAAUUAACAUCUUGAAACGCAUUUCUCAAGGAAAUAAAAAUAUUUUAAGUUUAGUCGAUUAUUUUGAGACUCUGAAUAAUUUAUAUCUUGUCACUGAUUUAGCUUCUGGCGGUGAAUUAUUUGAUCGUAUUUGUGAGAAAGGAAGCUAUUUUGAAAAGGAUGCAGCAAAGAUUAUUCAAACUAUUUGUAGUGCUGUAGCUUAUCUUCAUGAUAAUGGAAUAGUUCACCGAGAUUUAAAGCCUGAAAAUUUGUUAUUUCGUACAAAAGAUGAAGAUUCAGACUUAUUGAUUGCUGAUUUUGGUUUAUCUCGUAUUAUUGAUACAGACAAGUUUCAUACUUUAAAAACAACUUGUGGUACCCCUGGUUAUAUGGCACCAGAGAUCUUUAAAAAGACUGGACAUGGAAAACCAGUUGAUAUGUGGGCCAUUGGCGUAAUUACUUAUUUUUUAUUAUCAGGUUAUACACCAUUUGAAGGCUCGAAUAAUAUUGAAGAAAUGAAUGCUAUCAUGAAUGCUGACUAUAAUUAUGAUGACUCUUGUUGGGAAAAUAUCGGUCAAUCAGCAAAGGAUUUUAUUGAUCGCUGCUUAACAAUUGAUGUAAAUGAAAGAAUAACUGCACAUGAAGCCCUUGAUCAUAUAUGGUUAACUACUUGUACAAAGGAUGAUCAAAGCAAAACAACGGAUGAUUUAUUACCUAACUUACGUACCAAUUUCAAUGCUCGUCGUACUUUCAAGAAGGCUAUCAAUCUUGUUACUCUUUCAAAUCAUUUUAGUCAUAGUUUAGGAAAACAAUCUUCUAGUACGGCUGGUUCUUCUGGUAUAGUAGGUGAUGAAAUCAAGCCUGUCAAUGAAGGCCUUGAUCAAGUAUUGGAAAGCAGAUAAUCCUAAUUUUGCAGGGUUAUAUAAUGUAACUAGCAGUAAUAGCAGCAUAUAUAUAAAAUAAACAGUCAAUUUAUAUUUCCA